AGAACCUGGAGUACGAAAUAAUAUCAACCCGUCCCAAGGUACAAUUCUACAAAUUGGCAAGCACUUCUCGAAUACCACCGAAUGGGUUUCUUUGUAUAAAACCAAAAGAAAAAAGAAACCCUCUAAAUAGAAAACCCCUCUGGUCUCGCCGCCAUCGCGUUCUCACGUUCUCCUACGCGCGAGCUUCGUCGGAGACGGUAUAAAAGGAAGCUUCCGCACCCCGCGCCCAAUCCCCCCUUCCUCACCUGUCUUCCUCCCCGAAAUCCACCAAACCCUAGAUAUCAGAGGAGAGGAGAUUUCAUGGCUGAUCCAAGAAUCUACGGUGGCGACGACCUCGAUCGCCGGCAGGAUCCCAGCCGGCGGCUCUACAACCCCUACCAGAACCUCCAGAUCCCCUAUCGGACCCUCUACGACGUUCCCACCUCGCCGGAGUUCCUUUUCCAGGAGGAAUCCGUCGCCCAGCGCCGCUCCUGGGGCGAGAACCUCACCUACUACACCGGCAUCGGCUACCUCACCGGCGCCGUUGCCGGCGCCUCCCUCGGCGUCCACCGCGCUCUUCGCGCCACCGAGCCUGGCGAUACUCUCAAGAUCCGCGUCAACCGCAUCCUCAAUUCGUCCGGCCAGGACGGCCGCCGGAUCGGGAACCGCCUCGGCGUUCUCGGCCUCCUGUAUGCAGGGAUGGAAAGCGGGAUGGUCGCUGCCAGGGACACGGAUGACUGGAUCAACAGCGUGACUGCUGGGCUCGGCACCGGGGCCCUGUUCAAGGCCGCGAAUGGGCCGCGUUCGGCGGCUGUCGCUGGCGCCAUCGGGGGAUUGAUGGUUGGAGCUGCUGUCGCUGGGAAGCAGGUGUUGAAGAGAUAUGUGCCGAUCUAGGGUUUGUUUGGAAUCCUCUCGCCCCGAACCUUUUUAUCUGUUUGUUUUCUUUUCCUUUCUUGAUUCUAGAGGGGACCAAAAUAUGUGUGUCCAUUUUUGCACUUACAUGCAACCAUGUGGUGACCGGAAAGGUCAAAUAAUUUAUUGGAACAAGCCGAUAAAAACAAUUUCAUUAAUUUAAAUUUUGUUAUAUGAUAGUAUAACUGUUUGUAUUUUGGGUUUGAGGA